ACGUGUGCGUCUGUCAAUGGCGGAUGUAGUAAUAAAACAUGGUACAAGUGUAAUUUUCACUAACUUAAAGAGGCCAAAUGAGUUUCUUCGUGGAAUGGCUCGGCAUCCUACAUUAUGUCUCUUUUUCAUAACCGUAUUAAUCUUGGUAACCAAGUAUGGAACCAGCAGCUUCAAGGCCAAACCUGUCACCCUACCCCCAAAACAACCCCAGUAUCUGUUCCCACCUUCCUCAUUUGUUUUGGAUUCGCCAAGGGGCUCUCUCAUUCCAUUGAUACAAGUUUUAAAUUCUGAAGACUUUGUUUUUGUCAUGUACUAUGCCCCUUGGUGCUAUAAAUCACAGUCAGCAAAAGCAGAGUUUCUCAAAGCAGCGAAAUUUUUCAAAGGAAAGGUCAGAUUUGCUGCUGUAAACUGUUGGUGGCCAGAAGGAGACUGUAGAAAACGCUAUAAGUUUUUAAUGUUCCCAGUUCUAAUGGCCUAUCAUACUAAACUUGACGGGUAUAGAUAUUUAGGCAUAUUAAGAGCUGAGCACUUGAUAAAGUUUGUAGAGGAACUUCUUCACCCCCUUUCUGUGUUACAUUCUAAAGUGGAACUUUUGGAUCUCCUAGCUAAACAUGAAACUGUUGUCCUUGGUUGCUUUAGCCUCACAACUUCAGACAGCAUUGAUUCUUAUAAGCAAUUUUAUUAUGCCUCCAUGCGCAUUUUAGAAAAAGAUCCUUACCAGCCUGUGAAGUUUGCAGUUGUUACAAAAUGUAAUUGGGCUGCUGAGUUUGGUUUAUUGCAAUAUGAAGAUAUAAUAAUGCUGAGGAUAGCAAACACAUCUUUAUUGUAUCCUCAUGGAAAAAAUAUUACAAGUACAAACUUACUUAACUGGGCACUUGGAAACAAAGGAAUGCUGAUGAUAAAAAGAUUAUCCCCUGAAGGAAUGAAAAGCCUGGCACUGUCACAGGAGAUCAACAGGGGUCCAGCGUUCAUCAUGUUCCACAAAGAAAACCCACUGUUUAACAUUGAGCAUGGUUAUAGCGUGCUCAAAGAUAUUGUCCUACGUUAUAGAGAGUGUCAUUUAGACCCAGCAUUUAGAAGUGUUCGUUCCGUCUGGAACAGCGUUGUCUCCAGCAGUAUUGAGAGUUACCGUUCCUUGAAGCAAGUUUGUGAGCAGCUAAAGCAAGCUCCCCAUUCCAGUUAUUUCUCUUGCUGUGUUUCUGCCAUUGUAGAGAGAUUUAGUGCGAGUGGAAAAGUUUGCAAUAUUUGUCUGACAUCAAAUAGCAAUAAAUGUAGUCUUCCAUUAUACUUAUCUUCCAUAAGUAAAUUUACUCAACCCUUUAGCUUAAGCUGCCGAAAUAUUCUAGUUAACUACGGGUUUGAUCACAGACUCAGCUCCUGCUGCUAUCAUAGAAAUAAAUCAGAAACGUCCUCACCAUCAGAGCACUGGACACGCAACAUCAACAUUCUAGAUAAGACGGUAGUUUUUGUUAAAAAUAACUUGAGUGGGGACUCAAUACACAGGUAUUCAAAUGACGGUUAUGUGAGGCAACAUUUAGAAAACAUACCGAGACAGCUGUGUGAUAAACUAUCCAUGGAGAAGCAGCAGGAUUUGAGAGAUGAUUGGCCAGAGGAAGAGGACGCUGCAGAUCUGGAUCAGGCUGUAGAAGAGUUGCAUCGCCUGGGGUGUACCAGUAACAAAACGUUGCACUUCUAUGCAAUUGAUACUAAAAAUCGUUGGAUGUUCUCUGAUGCUUUGGGAAUUAACCCUGAAGUUUCAUCAAAUAGAACGACUGUUGUUCUGUUUGAUAAAGAGAAAGAAGAGCAUUAUAUUAUGAAUGGACUAUUUUCUUUUAGCAAUACAAUGUCUUUCAUCUCGGAUUUUGAGAAUGGGAGAUUGCAGCGCCACAAACAGUCUCAUAGCUUCCAGCAGAGUAACUGCGACGCACCUGGAGUUGUCUGUGUGAAAGAGUUGGACUCUGAUGGUUUCAUUACCUCUGUGAGAGAGGCCAACAAUAAGGACCUUGUUGUUUUAAUCUAUUCCCAUUGGUGUGGAUUUUGCCAGACUUUGAGCCACACAUUCCUUACUUUAGCUCAAUAUUUUUCUACCUCCCAACACAUUGAAUUUGCCAGAAUAAAUGGUGCUUUGAAUGAUCUCCCUUGGGAGUUUACAUUUGAUUCAUAUCCCACCAUCAUUUUUUUCCCAGCCAAACUUGAGCCUUAUGAUUUAUUUUUGUGGAAGAAGAAGAGCAAGUCUGACAGCAUUGUGUUCCCUGCGAGCAGAGAGAAGUCCCUGGUCAACCUGAUCAGGUUUGUCCUGCAGCACUCCACGCCGGACACCAAGCUGCACCUAGCCGCUGACGUCUGCACCAGGACCUGCAUCCAGCGCAACCUCCUCCAGUCCUCCCUCCUGCUGCAGGAGCUGAGGCAGAAGGAGAAGCUGGUGCAGGACAAGCUGCAGUGCUACACUGACCCGACAUUGUCGGAGCAGUGCCAGGCACAGCCUGAUAACUUGUAUGCCAAGAUGGGUCAGGAAUUCCUGCUGACCCAGCUGGAGGAGACCCAGGCACAGAUAGCCCUUGUGGACAAGCUCAGGUCUUUUCUAGAGCAACAAGGGGACACAAUCAGUAAACAAAAGCUAGUGGAGUUCUUUUCUCCUGGAUCUAGCCAUUCUGGUGCCUGAGACUUGGUUUGUAUGAUUUAAUCCGAUUUCUAAGUUACCCAGAUUUGCCUGAUGAAGUGUUAAAGGCUGCUUUGUUUGGAUGUGUAAAUGAUUCUAGUGUGUUUUACAUUCCAUGCCAAUUGUGUGUUGCACAGUUCUAAGGCACAGCUCAAGCAAAAGGAAUGGUUUCCCCUAGGUGUGUCAGUACUUUUGGGCUGUGUGUUACUUUAUGUAUUCUAUUCCAAAGUCUUUCCACUAGUGGCUCGUUCAAGUGGUAAUGUGAGAAGUCAAAAUGCAGAGAUGAACUAGAGUAAAUUUCUAUGAUGUGUUGGAUUAGAAAAUUGAUAUGAUGGGUUGGAUUAGAAUAUUGAUACUGUGUGUUUGAUUAGAAAUUAUUACAUUGUAUUGGAUUAGAGCAAAGUUGAUUUAAUGAGAUGGAUUUGAAAAUAGAAAAUAAAAGUGAUGGCUA